UAAAUACUGAGCGCAUCUCCUUCAGAGUCAAAUUUGGACGCUAACACUUUUAAAUUUCAUCAAAACAACUUUCGCAACCAUGGUUGAAAAGUUUGUCGGGACGUGGAAGAUGGUUUCCAGCGAGAACUUUGACGACUACAUGAAAGCAAUCGGCGUGGGCUUCGCCAUCCGGCAGGUGGGCAACCGCACCAAGCCCAACUUGAUCGUGACGGUGGACGACCAAGGGACCGUGUGCAUGAAGACGCAGAGCACCUUCAAGACCUCCGAGAUUAAAUUCAAACUCAACGAGCCUUUCGAGGAGACCACCGCCGACGACAGAAAGACGCGGACCGUGAUCAGCUUGGAAAACGGCAAACUUGUGCAGAAACAGAGCUGGGACGGUAAAGAGACCAGCAUCGAGAGGGAAGUGACGGAUGGAAAAUUAAUAGCGAGGUGCAUCAUGGGAGAUGUAGUGGCAGUGAGGACCUACGUGCGGGAAGCGUGAUGAACAUCCCGGCCGUUCCAGCGACAGGCUCAGUUUAAUGAGCGUCAACUAUUUUUUUUUUUUUAGUGUGUUGCCCCCCAAACCCGUGAAAUUGUUUGGAAACGUGCACAUUUAAAUAAAGCUGAUUUGUUCAAAAAAA